AUGAUCCAUCUCCGCCAUCGUGGCCUCUUCUUGGGGCUGGUUGUCCUCGUGGCGCUAGCUACUCCUGCGGCAGCUUUUGGAGCUGGCAACAUCGCUUCCAUUUCCAAAGUCGAAGGCCAAAACUGGCGACAUGGUGACAUCGAGGAUGUACUUCUCACCCUGGCCAUGGCUCGUGCCAUGAAGAACAAGAAAUUCAGCAAGAUCAUGGUCUCCAGGGUUUACUUCGGCAAUUGGCUCCGAGACUAUUCUCAAGCCAUCGAUGUCGGCACUGUCAAGUCUGUCUCUGCCGAAGCCAUCCGACUCCUGCUAUGCAUUCUUGGUUUCUUGACCUUUGGCUAUGGUUCUGGCGAAUUUGAGGUCACUGCUGACCGUCUUGGUUGCUACCGCCCCGAAGAUCACAUUGACAACCCCAAAAAUUACGCCGAUAACCAAGAUGCUAGGCAGUAUGAUAGCCGCCUUCGAGGACCCAUUGACGAAGCUAGAGAGUUGUCCAUCGAUUCCGCGUCUGGCAUGAAAAACUACAUUGCAAAUGAACGGGCCGGAAUUAUGACUUCUGCUCAGCAUGUAAGAAAUCUUUUCAGCCGAUGCAUUGAGCUUGGCCGGAACUACAAGAAUAGCGGAAGAAAAGAAGAUCUGUACGAGUCCCUCCGCCUAAUGGGAACUGGUCUUCACUGCCUGGAAGAUUUCCUUGCCCACAGCAACUACUGCGAAUUGGCUCUCAUCGAAAUGGGCGAGCGAGACGUCUUCCCUCAUGUUGGACGAGACAGCCUCAUGCGCCUCGAGGGCGCCAACGGCGAUGUUUAUCCUAUUGUCACUGGUACCUUUGGCGGUGUAGAUUUCCUCCACUCCGUGGUUGGUGAAGGUCGGUACUAUGAGUAUUCCUUGCUUCCAACACUUUUCCUCUUUUUAUUUUCAGUAGUUGACAUUUUCUGCCCCAAAGUUUCCGACAAGAUGACCCAGAACGAGAUUGAAGAGCUGGAGGGGACUCUUCAAGACAGCAAGAACUCCGAUACUAGUCUGCUGCGUGACCUCCUGGACAAGAUUCCUGACGGUCUGCUUGGUGGUAAGGACCAGAAGAGCCGAAUGGACCAGAUUCAAGACAAUGCCUCGUCGUCCCAAAUUGAGAAUUUGUCCGUUUCCCCACGAAACCCCGAGGAGUUCACCCGUUACGUUCAGCAAGUAUAUAAGCAAAUCAUGCCUGCCAUCGAGUUCCACGACGACAUCAUGAAGGGCAUCACAUCGGCUGUUGAGAAUAUCCCGGUGUUGCCAAAAGUUAUCGAACAGUUGGAGGAACAACUCUCCAGAUUUGUCUUUGCAAUCAUGGCACCUGUUGUUGUGCCUCUGAUCCGUCAGAUCAAGAAUGAGCUGGCCACCGGCUCUGGCGAAGUUAUCAAGAGCAGCGAAAACGAGCAGCACGUCGUCUUCAACGAUGACCGGUCGACAGAUCCUACUCACUCCAUGCUGUCCAAGGAUCACUUCUCCAACAUCCUCAAUGAAAUUGCUGGUCGAGUUGCCGCCAAGAUGAUCUGCUGGGUCGUUCCCCAGAUCAUGGAUGCAAUUGAUGAUGACGGCGCCGACGUGAAUCGUCUCUGCGAUCGAGUCAUCAAUGGUAUCUUGCAUCAUCCAGCUCAGAGAGACAUGGGCAGGGAUGGCGUCUCAGAGGCUCGCAACGCCAUGUUCAGUGAAGUCAAAUCGUGGUGGCACGAACUCCAGGGCGAGCAAAAUUCUUACCGCCAAAAGUUGUCUCGCGACGGUGUCAUGAGAGGUGAGAAUCACAAGGAGGGUGUCGAUGAUACUGGCCACGGACAUGGCUGCGCCGGCAAGCUCAAGAUGCGAAAGCUCUACGGUGAACCAGACACUCUCGAAAACAAGAUUGCUGGGGUAGCUGCCGGUGCCAUUAUUUCUGGAGCUACGGGUCUAGUCUCGGGCAUUGUCGAGCAGAACACAGGCUACAAGUUGCCCACCGGACAGAGUUCACAGCAGAACCCACACGGGGAAGAAAAGAGUGGAAUCGAGGGCUUGCUGAGCAAAGCCAGUUCCAUUCUGGGCGGCGCCUUUGGCAAGGACGAAGAAGGGGUGGGAAGCAGUGGCCGGAAUGAUAAUGAUUCCUUUUACUCGCAGAGCCAGUCGAGCUACGGCCGUCAGGAUAGCAGCUAUGGCCAGAGUCAACAGAGCAGUGGUCACGGAUAUAGCCAGCAAUCCAGUGGCUACGGUCAGAGUCAACAGAGCAGUGGUCAUGGAUAUAGCCAGCAAUCCAGUGGCUACGGUCAGAGUCAACAGAGCAGCUACGGCCACAGCCAGCAGGGUGGACGCCAUGACGAUGGCCGUCGACGUGACGAUGACGACGGGAGCGGCGGCUAUGGUGGCCGCCAGGAAUCCAGCUAUGGCGGCAGCGGCGGAUAUGGUCGUCAGGGAGGUUAUGGUGGCAGCACUCACCACGGUCGCCGCGAGGACGACAACUAUGGCCGUCAGGAAAGCAACUUUAGUGGACGAGACGAUAACUAUCCCGGUGGUGGUGGCUACGGUGGUGGCCGUGAGGAGAGUAGCUACGGCGGCCGUCAGGGAGGCUACGGUGGUAACAGCAGCUAUGGCCAGCAGGAGAGCGGCUAUGGACGCCAGGACAGUGCUUACGAAGGCCAGGGGAGUAGGUACGGUGGCGAUGGUGGCUAUGGCCGCAACGACAGUUAUGGCGGAAACAGUGGCCAUGGUCGUCGCCAUGACAAUCGCCGAGAUGACGAUGAUGAUAACGAGGGAUAUGGCCGUCGCGAACACCAUGGGCGCCGCCGGGAUAACGAACAUGGUGGUGACGGUGGCUAUGGUUACUAG